CACGAUAUGGACCUGUUGUACGAGGGACACAUUACAACGACGAAGUUACAAAAGGCCCUGCUAGCUGUAACUUCGGGUAUCGCUUGCAUGCUGUAUCCUCAAAGACCGGACUUUAUUGCUCUGUUUGGUGAGACAACGGGUCACCGAGCCCUAAAAAGACUCUUUGUAAAGAUGCGGUCAGAUCCCGAAGGAGCUGCUGUUUUGGCUAAUCGACCUCGCAUUCGGUCCAGUACUAUUGACUUCGGUUACCUUCGUCAGCUUCCAAGCCAUACCUUUGGGAGUCACUACGUUGCUUUCCUCGACAGAUAUGGGUACAGCCCCAACGACCGAGGUCUGGUCAACUUCGUUGAUGAUCCCGACCUAGCCUACGUGAUGCAGCGCUACCGUGAGGUCCACGACCUCGUACACGUCCUGCUUGGCCAGCAGACGGACAUGCUUGGUGAGGUCGUGGUCAAGUGGGUCGAGGGUCUGCAACUUGGCCUCCCGCUUGGCCUUCUCGGUGGUUUCUUCGGCGCUCUUCGUCUGAAGCCUAAGUGA